AUGAUGCAGAGGUUAAAGACCCGUGUUAUUAGAAAGGAUAUUAAUCCUGAAUGGAAUGAGGACCUCACGCUUUCUGUUUCAGAUCCAAGUAAACCAAUUUCUCUGACAGUGUAUGAUCACGACACAUUCAGCAUGGACGACAAGAUGGGAGAUGCCGAGUUUGAUAUAAGACCAUUCAUAGAUGCCUUGAAGAUGCAGUUAGACGGCCUUCCGAACGGCACAAUAAUCACAAAAAUACUUCCGAGUAGGUCCAAUUGUCUGGCUGAAGAGAGUUGCGUGCUUUGGAAAGAUGGCAAAGUAAUCCAAGACAUAUGCUUGAGACUAAAGAAUGUCGAGUGUGGAGAAGUCGAACUUCAACUCCGGUGGAUCGACCUUCCUGGCUCCAAAGGCUUAUAG